GAAGGAAGGAAGGUAGGCAGGCAGGCAAGGGAAGGGAAGGGUCGCGAGCGAGCGAGCGGGUGGGUGGAGAAAGCGGAGCCUCCGAGGCGAGAGCCAGGCGAGCAGGGUUCCCACAAUAGCAGGCAGGUCGUGAGCCGGUGGCGCUCCCGCGGUCUCUUGAACGCCGGAGAGAGCAAUGCGGAAAGGUGGAAAAUGGCAGAGCUGCAAAUGUUACUAGAAGAGGAAAUCCCUUCGGGCAAGCGGGCUUUGGUGGAGAGCUACCAGAACCUCACCAGGGUUGCGGACUACUGUGAAAACAACUACAUCCAGGCUCCAGACAAAAGGAAAGCAUUAGAAGAGACCAAAGCAUACACAACCCAAUCUUUAGCCAGUGUUGCUUACCAGAUCAAUGCAUUGGCCAACAAUGUGCUCCAACUAUUGGAUAUCCAAGCCUCCCAACUCCGGAGAAUGGAAUCCUCCAUUAAUCAUAUUUCACAGACAGUGGACAUACAUAAAGAAAAAGUUGCCCGUAGAGAGAUUGGCAUUUUGACAACCAAUAAAAAUACUUCCAGAACACACAAAAUUAUAGCUCCAGCAAACAUGGAGCGUCCUGUAAGGUAUAUUCGAAAACCGAUAGACUAUACAGUAUUGGAUGAUGUAGGCCAUGGAGUGAAGCAUGGAAGCAAUCAGCCUGCAAGAACUGGCACUUUGUCGAGAACAAAUCCUCCUACACAGAAACCACCAAGUCCUCCUAUGUCAGGCCGAGGAACGCUAGGACGGAACACUCCCUAUAAAACAUUGGAGCCUGUCAAACCACCUACAGUCCCCAAUGAUUACAUGACCAGUCCAGCAAGACUUGGAAGUCAGCACAGUCCUGGAAGGACUGCUUCCUUGAACCAGAGGCCGAGGACACACAGUGGUAGCAGUGGAGGAAGUGGCAGUCGAGAAAACAGUGGGAGCAGCGGAAUUGGCAUACCCAUUGCAGUGCCUACACCCUCACCACCAACUAUUGGCCAAGCUGUUCCUGGGUCAGCUCCUGGUUCCCAGUAUGGCACAAUGACCAGGCAGAUUUCCCGACACAACUCUACCACUUCUUCAGCCCCUUCUGCUGGAUUUAGGAGGAAUCCUUCUGUGACUGCUCCAUUUUCUGCUCAACCUCACAUUAAUGGCGGGCCUCUCUAUUCUCAAAACUCAAUUUCUAUUGCUCCACCCCCUCCCCCAAUGCCUCAGUUGACUCCACAGAUACCUCUCACAGGCUUCGUGGCCAGGGUGCAAGAAAACAUUGCUGACAGUCCAACUCCACCUCCACCUCCACCUCCAGAUGAGAUGCCUAUGUUUGAUGACUCCCCACCACCUCCACCACCACCACCAGUGGAUUAUGAAGAUGAGGAAGCUGCAGUAGUGCAGUAUAAUGAUCCUUAUGCUGAUGGUGAUCCAACCUGGGCACCUAAAACUUACAUUGAGAAAGUUGUUGCCAUAUAUGACUAUACAAAGGACAAGGAUGAUGAGCUAUCGUUUAUGGAGGGCGCAAUCAUUUAUGUGAUAAAGAAGAAUGAUGAUGGUUGGUAUGAAGGCGUAUGCAACAGAGUGACUGGCCUGUUUCCUGGAAAUUAUGUUGAAUCAAUCAUGCACUAUGCAGAUUAAUUCUUUUUUCAGGCCAGGCUUUGCCUUCAGUCAUGCCAUAAUGAUCUACAAAGGAUAAAUUAACACUUGUCUUAAUGCUCCUUAAAAUGUGCACAUCCUUUCCAGGCCAUAUUGUUUAAAUGGCAUGAUUGAAUGUUCAUCUGUAAGCAUCUGUUUCUGGAGUUUGUAAAAUGAACAAAUGUUUUAGGGAUGUGCAGAAUGGAAUGGUUUCUCCUCAGAAGUUUGGUAUUUUCCCCGGAAUGGACCAGUCUGAACAUUCUGGGUGAGGUUUGUUCCUCCAGAAGUCUUUUUUUGGGAUCAGAAAGAGAGUCCUAGUGUUCAAAUUCAUCUUGUGCUUCUAAAACAAGAGUUCUACAAAUCAGUUCGUGUUCUGAAAGAUACACUUCCAGAAACAUACAACCAGAAUGAUUGGAUUGGCCCAUUUCAGAGGGAGAAACAGAACAUUCCAAGGAAAAACUAUUCUGUUUUGCAAAUAACUGAGCUGUUUAUUACUGAUUAUGCUUAUUUACCUAUGCGUUGUUUUCUACGACCAGCCUAAAUAUUCUGGGGAAGUAGGGUAUAAACUAUUUAAUGACUCAAGAUUCAAAUCGUGCCAUUGUUUUCUUUUCUCAGUGCAACAGCGUGAUAAACUAACAACUGUUAGACUAACUUUAAAUCUGGUUGAAAAGUUUAAUAAUGCUGGUCAUUUACCUUUAUUUAGACUAUUGCUCAUCCUCAAAAUAUAGUAUUUGUUUAAAAGCAUGCAUAAAAACUUAUGUAUUGAAUUACACUUUCUUCUGAAAAUCCAAGAUGCUUCCAAUUUGUUGUAAUCUUUUACUGGAGUUCUUUCACUAAGAGUCUAUUCCAGUGAGUCCUUUGAGUCUCUUAUCGAAUAUGUCCAUGUGAAUCAAAGAUGGGUGGUCUUAUGAUGUGUGUGUAAUUUGUACCUGAGUUUUUAAUAAGUAAAAUUGCAUUGACUUUUCCAUUCAUAAAUACAUAAAUGAACCAAAGGUCUUGUCCAUUACUUUUGUUGGCUUGCCUUGCUUUGCAAAGCAAUAUUGAAGCAUGUUGACUUACCAAAUUUCCCCCUUAUCAACAGGGUCAUUUUUAAUUUCAGGUUCAAAACACCCCAAUAAAGGGAAAAAUAUACUUCUGCAGGUUACCAUAUAUUCAGAUUGCACUUAUUAUUUGGCAUAUUCAUUAGUAAAGGAUACUUUUGAGUAGCAACUAUUGGAAAUAGAAAGCACAUCAAUAAAAGGCUGAUAGGAGAAAGUAUAAAGCAAAGUUGUUCUCGCUUGCAAAAAUGCCCAUUAGUUUUCGUUUUAGAUGACUUACCAGGUUGCAGUGAUCUGGGAGCAGUUUUAGAGCAGAAAUCUGUUUCUCUUCUUAGCUACCAGAGAGUGCCCAUGGAUGGUGAAGUUUAUAAUGAUAAUGCAUCACAGCAUAGGUGAAUUAAACAUUUAAUCACUUUUUAAUUUUUGCUGCAAUUGUACUUUUCCUGUAGCAAGCAGCCUUUUGCUGUAGAACUGCCUUAAGAGAGAAGCUUUAAUGACACAUUGCAAAAAUAAAUGAAUGUGCAGAAGGUGGGCGAACAAACAAUCAAUCCCAAGUGACUCUUCUGUUUAAAACUAUGAAAAUUUCUUGCUUUGCUGAAAGUAAAUUUUCACCACUGGAGGAUUUUCUACUGAUUCCCCCCGCCCCCCACAUCACUAUAUUUAAGCAGCACCUAUUUAGGAAUACAGCUCUUGCGAGCUUAGCAGGAUGUAUUUCCAUAGCAAUGCUGUUUCUAGUCAGGCAUCCUACUAAAAGAGCAAGAACAGCUUAUGUAGAAAAAGAUAUAGAUUGUUGUGCCAUCCACUUGGCUUUUAGCAGUAGAACAUCUCCAGUUUGAGCACAAGAUCAGGUCACAUUUCUGGUUUUGGAUAGUACACAAGUUAAAUCAUAAAGGGAUUGAUUGCAUUGUGUAGUAAAGAUUUAUUUAGGCUCGAUUGUGUCCUAAUGGGCAUUAGAUGACCAAUAAGCAAGUGUACUAAAUACAAGAACAAUAGUAAUAUCUAUCAACAUUCAAUAUUGAAAGAUCCCUUGGCUUGUUGUUCCUGAAAUGAACCUAAUUGCUUUAUUUGCCUUUUCCUGAUUGUUAACAUGUUAUUUCUGACAUCAAACAUCAACCCAUGAAACAUAUUUGUAUUCCCUUUAUAAAUUGGAACACUUCUUGAUUUGUAUAUAACCUGUUUUAAUUAUAACAAGUAUGUACAGUCUUUUAUAAUAAACCAUUCUUUAAUUUUCUGGGUA